AUGACACAAUUCUACUCUGCUGCAUUAGUCCAGCUGUUGUGGCCCAUGACUGUGCUAUUCAAAAUGACUCUGUCAGUGGAGCAUGCACCUAUGCUGGUUUGGUCAACUUGGAGAUCACAGUGGAAUCCAGAUACUACUCUGCAUGAAGGACACAUUGUCUCAACACAGGAGCUGGCUGUACUCCUGCAACCUUUUUUUACCCAGAAUUCCAAAAAUUUAGUCUUGUUUGUUCAAGAUACGCUAAGCAUAGAUGAUUUCACAUAUUACAGUGAACUCUAUGGUAACAAGAAGCCAUUUCAAAAUCUUCAGGACAUUCUUCAGUCUUCUCCUUCAUCUUUAGUUUUGCCUGCUGUUGACUGCAAAGCUACCCGUUAUCUUUUGGGCUUUCUUCAGGAGUCAGCAGACUGGAAGUUAACAAACAUAACUAAUCCUGAUGUCUCUCUGCUAGAAGUGAAUACAUCUAAACCAAACUUAUUUGUAGUACAACUACAACCGUUUAUCAGUAACUUAAAUGAUGUUUCCACCCUGGAAGCAAUUGCUGAAAAUGAUAAAAUAAUUGGAAGACUGACCAUGGGUCUACAGGACCGAGGGACUCAUUUUUCAGUAAUUUAUACUGCAGUGAGACCUUCAAGGAUUUCUAGAAGAACUGAUGUGGCAUGGAAAUUAAGACGACAAUUAAUGGCCACUGAGGAAGAAGACAGUUUAUCAUAUCCUCCACUGAAUGUGACCAAUGGAAAUUAUACAUGCAUCCUUUUUUAUGCUAGCAAUUUCAGCCUCAAGGCCAACGAUUCACUUUUUAUAGAUUUGACAAAUACAACAUUUGUAAACCAGAAUGUGGAUGUUUCCUCCUCUGAGUGCUCAGACACCAACACAACACUGUCCUUAAAAUACACAAACCCAGUGAAUGGAAUCAACAGCCUGGAGAUAAGAUUUUUAAUGACCAACAUGUUCUACGGAGGCUCAUCUAGAAACUGGUCCACUUUAGAGUCAGUUGAGAUUGUACAAGAUGACAAAAAGUUUGCUAAGUUUAAUGUUUCUGUCGUCUCUGCUCCUGCAGAGUAUUCAUUUCAUUGUCAGCUGGUGGGAACAAGCAAUCUCUAUCCUGCAAGGCUGAUUCCGUCCAACAAUGAAGGAAAAAACUGGGAUGUUUUCAUUUCUAGGUUUCAAAUUCAAGGCUUCAACAUUCAAAACAACCAAUUUUCCUAUGCAAGUGACUGUACAUGUUUCUUCACUCCCGGAAUCUGGAUGGGCUUGGUGACCUCUGUGGUUCUGCUGUGGAUCCUGGCCUAUGGAAUCCACAUGAUCAUGCAGCUCACAACAAACAGUAGAUUUGACGAUCCCAAAUGUCCAGCUCUGUCAGUUCCUCAGACAGAAUAG